GGAAAAGGCAAAAAAUCUGACCCCAGUGGUGUUUUUUAUUGCCCGAAGUUCAUUUUCUUUCUAUCAGUUUGACAUUGUGUUUCUAAAGAAGAAUGUCGAAGAGUGACGAAAUGCGGGAGAAUGUGAAGAGGUACUAUGGCAGUCGCCUGGAGUCCUCCAGUGACUUGCAAACCAGCGCUACUUCCUGCAGUUUGCCCCGCAGCCCGCUGCCAAGCAGUGUAACAGAGGCGCUGAGUCUGGUUCACCCUGAAGUCAUCAAAAGAUUCUUCGGGUGCGGCAUUCCGGUUCCAGCGAAGCUUGAGGGCUGCAGAGUCCUGGACCUCGGCAGCGGAUCAGGACGGGACUGUUUUGCCUUCAGUAAACUUGUUGGACCGAGUGGACAUGUGACAGGCAUCGAUAUGACGGAGCAGCUGAUUACAGCAUCUCGCCAGUUUGUCGAGUACCAUCAGAGGAAGUUCGGCCAUAAGGAGCCCAAUGUCACAUUUAUCCAGGGAUACAUGGAAAAGCUCUGUGAAGCAGGGAUACAGAGAGACUCCAUGGAUGUUCUGAUUUCCAACUGUGUGAUCUGUCUUUGUCCUGAUAAAAAAUCAGUGCUGCAACAAGCCUACGAUGUUCUGAAGGAUGGAGGAGAGCUGUACUUCAGUGACAUGUAUGCCAGCAAUAUCAUUCCAGAUCACAUGAAGCAGGAUCCUGUCCUGUGGGGUGAGGGAAUGGGUGGCUCUCUGUUCUGGAAAGAUCUCGUCUUCCUGGCCCACAGUGUGGGCUUCAGCACUCCACUUCUGGUUUCAGCAAGCCAUAUUGAGGUCCACAACAGCCAACUCAAAGCAAAAGCAGGUGACAUCAGGUAUGCUUCAGGCACCUACAGGCUCUUCAAGUUGCCUCAACAACCAGGGAAGUCAGGCGCUGCUGUGAUUUAUAAGGGAACCAUUCCCGAGUUUCCAGAUCAGCUGGACUUUGAUUCCUCGCACUGUUUCAAGAAGGAUCAGGAGGUGGAGGUAGAUGCAGAGAUGGCAGCGAUCCUCCAGGUUUCCAGACUCUCCUCAGAUUUCACAGUCAGGAUGUUGGAUACACACAAGUCUGAUUCCGAGUCAACACCACAGUACUGCCACCUCAACCCAUUCCUGUUGGCUGACAGAUGGGGGUCCUCUGUGAAACAGUGCUCCAAAACGUCCAGAUAAACAGAACAACCAGCUGAAAUUAUCUGAAAGGAAAAUACUGCACAGACGUGUAUUUUUUUUUCCUAUGUUUAAUUCAUAAUGUACAUGUAAUUUGUGUCUAUAACUACUAAUAUCUGUGAAGGAAUGAAUGAAGGAAUUAAAUUUAGUUGGAUGUGAUUUUGCUAAAUGGACGCAAAACGUCACCUUAAUACAUAGUAAAGAUGGGGAAGACUGAAAGAAAUAAUUACAUUUACAAAAAUGUUUUUUGGAGUAGUGAGUGAUCAGAGUACUAUAGAAAAGAGAAAAUCUCAUCUGACAGCUAUGAAGAAAAUAAAGGCAUCCUAAUACUCAA